AUGUACCUGGAGACACCAGCCCAAGCCAUCUGCAGGCUGAUGUCCCGGCGCAUUUAUGGUCCCAUCUGGAAGUCGACCUUCGGGCAUUACGAGAACAUCAACAUCGGGAGCCCAGUGGUGCUGGAGCAGCUGCUACGGCAGGAGGGCAAGUACCCCAUGCGGAGCGACAUGGCCCUGUGGAAGGAGCACCGGGACACCCGUCGCCUGCCCUACGGACCCUUCACCGAGGAAGGGGAGCGCUGGUACCGCCUGCGCCAGGUCCUCAACAAGCGGCUACUGAAGCCCUCGGAGGCGGUGCUGUAUGCGGAUGCCAUCGGGGAGGUGGUGUCAGACCUGAUGGUGCGGCUAAGGGAUGAGCGGAGCCGCAGCCCCUCGGGGGUGCUGGUGGGGGAUGUGGCCAACCUGCUUUACCGCUUCGCCCUGGAAGGGAUCUCCUAUAUCCUCUUCGAGACCCGCAUCGGGUGCCUGAAGCAGCAGGUCCCUGCCGACACCCGGCGCUUCAUCGAUUCCAUCAACCUCAUGUUCAAGAACUCCAUCUUUGCCACCGUCCUGCCUCGAUGGAGCCGCAAGGUGCUGCCCUUCUGGGACCGCUACCUGGACAGCUGGGACACCAUCUUUGCCUUCGGCAAGACCCUAAUUGACCGAAAGAUGAAGGAGCUGGAGGGGCAGGUGGAGCGGGGCAAGGAGGUGUCCGGCUAUCUGAGCUACCUGCUGGCCAGCGGCAGGCUCAGCCUGGAUGAGGUCUACGGCAGCGUGGCCGAGCUGCUGCUGGCUGGCACGACCUCCAACACGCUCUCCUGGGCCCUGUACCACCUCUCCCGGGACCCGGGCAUCCAGGAGACCCUGUACCAGGAGCUGAAAGCUGUCGUGCCCACCGACCGGUUUCCUGGUGCUGAGGAUAUCCCCAAGAUGCCAAUGCUUCGGGCUGUUAUCAAGGAAACGCUGAGGGUCUACCCCGUGGUGCCCACCAACGCCAGAGUCUUCUAUGAGAAGGACAUUGUCAUUGGAGACUACCUCUUCCCCAAGAACACCCUCUUUGUCCUAGCGCACUACGCGAUGUCCCACGAC